UCGGAUUUUACAACCAGGCACGCGUUGCACAGAACAACAAAGGCCAACGUAGAACGUUUUUAACUUAUUAAUUUAUUUAGGAAAUAAUAACAAAUUAGACAAGUGAAUCAUGUGCACCGGCUCGCCAGUUGUCCCUGCUGCCACAUCGGAGGAGAUCGAGGCCGAGUAUGGGAGCAACCUCAAGCUCCUCGAGUGCAAUUCCCAGGUGGCGGAGCUUCUGACCAUUCUGCGCGACAAAAACACCACCCGCAGCGACUUCAAGUUCUAUGCCGACCGGCUGAUCCGUCUGGUCAUAGAGGAGUCCCUCAAUCAACUGCCCUACACUCACUGCGACGUGGAGACCCCCACUGGAGCUAUAUAUGAGGGCCUGAAGUAUCGCUCUGGGAACUGUGGAGUGUCCAUCAUACGGUCCGGAGAGGCCAUGGAGCAGGGUCUGCGGGAUUGCUGUCGCUCCAUCCGCAUAGGCAAGAUCCUGGUGGAAUCAGAUGCGAAUACCCACGAGGCUCGUGUGGUCUACGCUCGUUUCCCGGAUGACAUUGGCAGUAGGCAGGUGCUCCUGAUGUACCCAAUCAUGUCCACCGGAAAUACGGUUCUCCAGGCUGUGAACGUGCUGCGGGAACAUGGAGUCCCCGAGAGCUGCAUCAUCCUGUCGAAUCUGUUUUGCACUCCCAUGGCCGCUCGGACCGUGGUGAACGCCUUUCCCAAGCUGAAGAUCCUCACCUCAGAGCUGCAUCCCGUGGCCCCCAAUCACUUCGGGCAGAAAUACUUCGGUACAGACUAGAGAUUUGACGACUAAACGACUGUUUAGGAUAGGUGGCAUUUGAAACGACAAACCGGUGACGCCCUGCGGCCUACCAAACUACUUAGCAACUGUAAGCUUUUCACAACUGGCUUUUAAUGCAACUCUCAAAUUCGUUACGUUCGUUACGCACUAUUGUAAAUAUAGAAAAGGAAUAAAUAUUUAAAACGA